UGGAGUCCAUGACCACGGUGGCAGGAACAGGGCAGGAGGCAGGCAGUCACAGUGCUGGGGUAGUAGCUGAGAGCUUACUGAUUCACAGACAGGAAGCAGAGAGGGAGAAGUAGAGGGAGAGAGGCAUCGCUAACUGGGAAUAGCACGGGCUUACCCCAGUGACACACUUCCUACAAUAAGAUCAUACCUCCUAAUCCUUUCCAAACAGUCCCACUAACUGAGGACCAAUUCAAACAUAUAUGAGUCCAUGGGGGCCAUUCUCCGAACCAUCACACCCGUCAUAAAGGUCUAAUUUGAAAAUCCCUUUAAAAUAUACAUGUGAGAUUGAAAAGGUUGCUAAUUAGGGAGGGAUAACAUAACAAAGACAUUUCCUUUUUUUUGUAUUUAUCCUUUUUAUGCCAAAUUGCAGCACAGAGAAAUAAAAAUAGAAAAAAGAAUAAUAAGUUAUGGUUUAGCAACUAUUUACUAAGGGAUAUUCAGUGUCAAUUCAUUUGCUAGAUACACAAAGAUCAGAGAUAAUACAUAACCAUCAUAUGGCAUUUAAUAUGUAGGGAAAGGUAUUUUGUGUAUAAGGAGAAAUUGGGCUACAUUCUUCAUCUACCCAAGUAUGGUCAAAGAAUUCCAGUUUUUCUUGACCAAUAGAAGAAGUCAAGCACCAGUGAAGCCAGGAAUCUUAGGCGGAGGCACAGGAAUGAACUCAGAGAGCAGAUUUUUCACAUAUCUACUCCUUAGGGCAAAUACUUGGAAGGAGCCUUGUCAUAGGCAGCUGGUUCUCCACCCACAGCAUUGGUUUUGAACCCAGGUUGUAGGUUGGCCAGACGUAUUUAAAGGGAUGAGGAGGCUGUUAAACCUUGCUCCCGCUGCUCAGGCUGUGUGGCUCUGGAUUCUUCCACAGAGACACAUUUCCAUGGCUACACACUGAAGCCCCCUGGAUUGUGGAGCAUGGUGUGAAGUUUGAAUACCAUCUAGUAAGUGGUGGCUACUACUUACAGGUCAAUGGGAUAAAACUCUAUUUUCUACUUAGAUAAUUAAUCGUUAGAAAUGAUCAACUUUGAAGUAGUGAAGUGUACGUCGCAGUAUUUGCUCUUGGUUUUAUUUUAGCAAUGACAGACUGACUUGGUGGUGAUUCAUUUUUGUUAGCUGUUGCAGAAAUAUCUAUGCUAGUUCAUGUACUCGAGAAACCUAAACUUUUUAAAUUAAUGUUUCUUGUCAUGAUUUUGAUAAGAAAUGGUGUUCGGAUUCUUUUCUCUCUUAAUGAGAUUUAUUAUUUAUGUAUGAUUGCUUGCCUUCCUGAAUGCUUGGUGCUCUGUGCAGCCAGAAGAGGGCACCGGAUCCCUUGGAGCUGGAAUUACAGUUGGUUGACGGUUGCAAGGUGGGGUGCUGGGAACUGAACUAGUGUCCUCUUCAAGAACAGCAAGUACUCUGAACUGCUGAGCUACCUCUCCAACCUCCUGCUAAGGUUCUUCAGCACUCAGUGGUCUAGAAAGGGAGCAUUUUCACCUCUAUUAAAUAUUUUUUGGUGUAAAAAGUGACUUAAAGACUACAACUAAAUUUAAUUUAAAAAGAUAAUGACUCUGAAGUAUCUCUUAUGACAUACAAUUCAGAAUUUACUUUAAAUGCUGUGGUUCCUCUUUAGAUUACCUCCCAAUCCACCCAAUUUAUUUACAGCUAUGUUAAGUAUAGUGUCUUUACAUGUGCUUUUUCUAAGAACUAUUUCUUGAAAUUGAAGUGGAAAUACUUCUAUAUUCUUCCCUUUUCACAUGCUAUGCAUCACCCUAAAAUUACACACAGAAAAAUCCUGUUUGGUUUUUAUUUUUAUUUUUUUUCUACAAAAACAUUUCAAAGAUACAGUGAAAAAAGGAAAAACCUAAACUAACCCUGUAUUGACCUUGACACACAAGUAACUGUCACUGUUCUGCAGACUUUAAUUCAUCUUUACGAGGCGUGUGUGUGUGUGUGUGUGUGUGUGUGUGUGUGUGUGUGUGUGUAUACACACAUGUGCGCGCGGGUGGGGUGGGGGUGGAUUUUACAGUCUAGAUUCCUUGACCUACCAUACAGCAGUGCUUACUCUGACCUGGGUUACAGCUGGUGCAAAGUAGCACUGCAAGCGGCCAGUGGCUGUCCAGCACUUACACUUCAGACAACAGCAAGCCUUUUAUGUGCAAACUGAUGUAAAUACCCAGUGGUGCUACUAAGACUCUCAGGCAAUCCCUUGCUCUUGGUUGACACUCCAAACGGGUCUCCAGGGCUUAGGGAAAGCGGCCAUUUGAUUCACCUUGAGUGCUUGUUAACCAGAUUUCAGGAAGCGUUUCUGAUUCCGUAGGUCUAGGUGUGGCAGUGAAUGUGCCGUUCUAAUGAAUUCUCGGGUGAUGAGGUUGCGAGUCCAGAGAUUUCAGGGAGCCCAAGGGACUAACUGCAUUACCAUCCAACCUGACCAGCAGCAGGGGAAAUGCAUGGACAAGAGCGACGGCGGUCCUGACGUCUUCUGCCACCACCUCCAUCCUCUGUCGCCGGGAAUGGGUCAGAACAGGCAAGCAGCGGGAGCGGUGCCGGUGCUUUAGGAACGGGAACUCCUCUUCCAACUUCCGCCCCUGGGGAAAAGCAGAAGCCGUCAGCCCCAGGAGAGCUGCUCUCCAAUUCGCAGCCUUUAGGUUCUGGCUCCGGAGACAGUCCGUCCUCCCGGCGAUCGAGGGCCAGCGCAGCGGCACCCACCCUGCAGCCCGGCGGAGGCAGGCAAAGCUUCAGUGGCUGAAGGAGCUGUGACCUUUCCAGCACAGGGCAGUUGGAGCACAGCUGUGGGGUGUGUGUGGAAGAGAUAGCACAGACCGGAUGGAAGACUGAUGAGGAAAAGUAACAGCAUGACUGAGGUGAUGGAAAUGUACUGGAACACUGGGAGAAGCUAGUAUCUCACAGGAAGCCAAGAUGACAAGAAUCUUUUCAAAAUAAUCCAAGGAAGAAUCCUGUUCAGAAAUGAGGCCAAUUAAUGUUCAGACACCGCUACACGAAGUGCUUUAAACUGCCCUGACCAUCUUGCCAAAUGAGUCUCUGCUCAUGAGACCCAACAAGAUGAACCGGCCCAGGAGGGAUAGUGCCCUGCUCUGUACGAACAGUGACUGCUGACGUCUAAGAGCAAGUUGGGGGUACUGCAUUUUGUCUGCCAGUACCAUGAAGGAAGUGGUUUAUUGGUCACCCAAGAAGGUGGCAGACUGGCUGCUGGAGAAUGCUAUGCCAGAAUACUGUGAACCUCUAGAACAUUUCACAGGCCAGGACUUGAUCAACCUAACCCAAGAGGAUUUCAAAAAACCCCCACUGUGCCGAGUCUCCUCUGACAACGGGCAGCGGCUCUUAGACAUGAUCGAGACCCUGAAGAUGGAGCAUCAUAUGGAAGCGCACAAGAAUGGCCACGCCAACGGGCAUCUCAGCGUUGGCGUUGACAUUCCCAACCCUGAGGGCAGCUUCAGCAUCAAGAUUAAGCCCAAUGGAAUGCCAAAUGGGUAUAGGAAAGAGAUGAUAAAAAUCCCCAUGCCAGAACCAGAGCGCUCCCAGUACCCCAUGGAGUGGGGCAAGACUUUUCUGGCCUUUCUUUAUGCACUUUCCUGUUUUGUUCUCACUACAGUGAUGAUCUCGGUCGUCCAUGAACGAGUACCUCCUAAGGAGGUGCAGCCUCCACUACCGGACACAUUUUUUGACCAUUUUAACCGGGUGCAGUGGGCCUUUUCUAUUUGCGAAAUUAACGGCAUGAUCCUUGUAGGACUCUGGUUAAUUCAGUGGCUGCUCUUAAAAUACAAGUCUAUUAUUAGCAGAAGAUUUUUCUGCAUAGUUGGCACGCUGUACCUGUAUCGGUGUAUUACAAUGUAUGUAACUACACUCCCAGUACCUGGCAUGCAUUUCAACUGUUCUCCGAAGCUGUUUGGAGACUGGGAAGCGCAAGUGCGGAGGAUAAUGAAGCUCAUUGCUGGAGGUGGCUUGUCCAUCACAGGCUCUCACAACAUGUGUGGGGACUAUCUGUACAGUGGCCACACGGUCAUGCUCACGCUCACCUACUUAUUUAUCAAAGAGUAUUCCCCUCGGCGACUCUGGUGGUACCACUGGAUUUGCUGGCUCCUCAGCGUCGUUGGAAUCUUCUGUAUUCUCUUAGCGCAUGACCACUACACUGUGGACGUGGUGGUGGCCUACUACAUCACCACAAGACUCUUCUGGUGGUAUCACACGAUGGCCAAUCAGCAAGUGCUAAAGGAAGCUUCCCAGAUGAACCUCCUGGCCAGGGUGUGGUGGUACAGGCCAUUUCAGUACUUUGAAAAGAAUGUCCAAGGAAUUGUACCUCGAUCUUACCAUUGGCCCUUCCCCUGGCCAGUAGUCCACCUUGGUAGGCAAGUUAAAUAUAGCCGGUUGGUAAAUGACACAUAACAACUCUACAGAGUCGGGGAAUGAGGACCUGUCCGAAGUGCUAAGAGCUCCCUGAGAGAAGAUGCCAUAAGACAAAGACCUCCCUACUGCUAUUAUCUUUCAACAGUUACCUUGACUUAACCUAUUGAGUUACCUGGUCAGCACUGUGAUCUCUCUCUCUCUCUCUCUCUUUUUUUUUUCUCUCCAAAGGACCUGCGUUGGACAACAAUAAAGAAAAUUUACCUUAUCAUGCACUGUACACAUUUCCUGUUGUUAAGCCUGGGGCUUCCAUAACCGGCAGCCACCAUGCUCCUCUAUAUAAUUCAGCAGCACCACUGUGCGCUUCCAUAUCAUAAGCUCUGGCCUUUCCAGCCACAUCUGGGAAUAAAGUGUGUUAUUUUCUUGGGAAAACAUACUUUUCAUAUCUCUUGCCCCAAAGAUAGGGCUGUAAGCCAUUUUCUAGCAAAUGUCUCUAUGAAGGGUUCUAAGUGUCUGAAUGGGAUUUAGUUCCGAAAUCUCUCUUCCUGCUAUGCUGAUGUCCAGCUGAAGAUGGUAGGUGUGCAGAGAUCUGGUCACGUGGAGUUUUGUAAAAUCAGCAGAGACGGUGUAUCAAAAACUGAAAAAAAAAAAAGAUUCUGUUAUAAAGUGAUUUUUCUAAGUAUUUCCUAACUUUAUUUUUCAAAAUGAUGUUAUGAAAACCAAAUUUAAAGAUUUUUACAUGUCACAGAAAAGAGUUAAAAUUUAAAAAUGCUUCUUGGGAGAGAAAUUUGUCUAUGUUUCUAGUGCCUUUCUUGUCUUGAUUGUAUGGUCGGUAGGCAAUCUUACAUGUUUUUAUUUAAAGUAUUCCAUGAAAAUAUAAAUGUAUGUAUACACUACUAAAUUUUGCAUUUAUAGCUAAAUUAAAUCAAAAGACUGCUAAUGGUUUUAAAAAUGUUUUGAAUUUAAGAAUAGGGGUGUGAAUUAAGAGUAUGUGCCCAUUCACAUAUUGUGAGCGGGCUGCAGUGACACGUACCACUGAAAUUGCUUCAUCUUUGGUAGUUCAAUUAACUACUCAAUAAAAACAGCCAUGAAUAUCUUUUUUAAAAGAGAGUUUUGAAGAUGGUCACUUAACCUAAAACUUGAAAGCUAUAAAUUAGUUAUCCAUAGUCUCAUGACAAUUUUCUUGGUGAAUAACAACAAAAAGAGAUCUAUUUCUUUAAAAUAUAUUUGUGCAGAAACUGCAUGUAUCUCUGAGUUUUACUCCUGACAUGCGUAUGUUUGGGGAAGUAUUCUGCUCUAUACUUGCCAACGUGGAGAACAAAAUAGUUUUCUAAGAACGAAGAAGUAUAUAUAUAUAUAAUAUCCAUUCUGUAUUUUAUGUGCAGCAGAAUUACCUUCUGUAGGUUUUGUGUGUAUGUGUGUGCACAAGUGUGUGUGCGUGUAUGAGUGUGUGUGUAUGUUACUCACAAGGUGAUAUUUGUAUUGUAAAACAAUAAUGGUGAAGGAAAUAAAAAGGCUUUUAAAUUUUUGUUUGUUUUAAAUCUUUGUAAAGUUAUUAUUCCAGAGAGUAUACUGAUAUCUUACAGCUUACCUAAAUCAUAAAUUAAUCAAAAUGCACUUUUUAAUAAAAACUGAUACUGAAAGUA